AAAGACCCAUAACUCCUUCAUGGAGGCAAUAUUUAGAACUUGGUCACUGGGUAUAAAUAUAAAAUAGCGAAUUGAUGAAAUUGUCAUUGUCAAGGAUCUUGUGUUCAAGACAACAUGCAGAAGAUUAUUGCAGUGCUAUUUCUUAUUUUCUCUUUCUUCGCGAUAAGUUUAUCAGCACCUGCUCCCAUACCUGGACCACUGCCAGGACCGAAUCCCGGACCUAAGCCCAAUCCACAAUGGAUUACUCCUUAUGCAGUAACUUAUCCUUCUUACUACGCUAGUAGUUACUACUAUGGAUACCCUUCUUUAGGCUAUGCUUAUGCAUCUCCCUAUUAUCUUGCGUAUUAGUGGUUACGAUGAUAUUUUAUAUAUAAUAGAAUCCAAUAACAAGUAAUGUACUAUUAGAUUAAGAUUAAUAAACACAUUUUUAAUUAA